AUGACUUCGGGUGAAUUGCCAUGUUAUACUUUGAUCAAUGUGCCUAGCGAUUUUGAAGCGCCAAGCGAGAUGCAGUUGAAGGAGAAGCUUGAAAAAGGGGAUAAUAAAGCAAAGGCCGAAACUCUUCGAAAGUUAAUAAUGAUGAUCAUGAAUGGUGAAAAGGUUGGACAGAGUCUGAUGAUGUAUGUCAUCCGUUUCUGCCUGCCAACUACGGAUCAUGGGAUUAAGAAACUUUUGUUGCUUUUUUGGGAAAUCGUUCCUAAGACGAGCCUUGAUGGAAAGUUACUGCAUGAAAUGAUCUUGGUUUGUGAUGCGUACCGUAAAGAUUUACAGCAUCCAAAUGAAUUUAUAAGAGGUUCUACGUUAAGGUUUCUGUGUAAGUUGAGAGAGCCUGAACUUUUGGAGCCGUUGAUGCCAGCCAUACGUUCAUGUCUGGAGCACAGACAUUCUUACGUGCGCAGGAACGCAGUGCUUGCAAUUUUCACUAUAUACAGAAAUUUCGAGUUCUUGAUUCCUGAUGCUCCUGAUUUGAUUUCAACAUUUUUAAACGCUGAACAAGACGCUUCAUGUAAAAGGAAUGCUUUUAUGAUGUUAUUGCACGUUGAUCAAACUCGAGCUUUGGAUUAUUUGUCUGACGUUAUUGACCAAGUUACUUCUUUUGGCGAUAUUCUACAAUUAAUAAUUGUGGAAUUAAUUUACAAAGUUUGUCAUGCGAAUCCUUCUGAGAGAGCUCGGUUUAUACGUUGUGUUUAUAAUCUUCUUCAAUCAACUUCUUCAUCUGUUCGAUAUGAAGCGGCUGGGACCUUGGUUACAUUAAGUUCUGCUCCAACGGCGAUUAAAGCCGCUGCUACAGCUUAUAUUGACUUGAUUGUCAAGGAGUCAGAUAACAAUGUUAAGCUGAUUGUUCUAAAUCGUCUUAUCGAGCUUAAAUCUUCCCCUGCCAGUGAAAAGGUUAUGCGUGAGCUAGUAAUGGACGUCUUGAGAGUUCUUUCGGCAUCGGAUCUUGAAGUGCGGAAGAAAACUUUACAACUAGCUCUCGACUUAGUUUCUUCGAAAAAUGUCGAAGAAAUGGUCAUGUUCCUAAGAAAGGAAAUUAGUCGGUCCACUGAUGGUACUGCGGAGGAAACAGGACGAUACCGGCAGAUGCUUGUAAGAACGCUUCAUUCAGCCACGAUUAAAUUCCCAGAUGUUGCAGCCAAUAUCGUACCUGUUCUUAUGGAAUUUCUCUCUGACGACUGUGAAUCUGCUGCGCAAGACGUCCUCGUCUUUAUUAGAGAAGCUGUGCAGCGUUUGAAACACCUUAGAUCUAUUGUUCUUUCCCAGCUUCAGGACGUUUUCGCUACCAUUAGGAAUGGCCAAAUAUUUCGCGCUGCUCUUUGGAUUCUCGGAGAGUACUGUGAAUCUAAAGAGGCUAUUGAAGGUGUUAUGCAGGUUGUAAAGCAGUCGUUGGGUGAGUUGCCAAUUGUGGACACUGAACUACGUGCAGCGGCUGCUGGGAGUGAAGACGAACAGAAAGAAAAGGACUUGGUUGAAAAUAAGCCGAAAAUAACUAAGAUUUCGAAGUCCUCCUGCUCUAUGUUAGUGCCACCGUCAUUUCAGCAAAAGAAACAGCUAGUGACCGCUGAUGGUACUUAUGCCACCCAAUCGGCUCUGGUUGGUAGUGCAAAACUGACAACUGAUGAAAAACCAGUUUUACGUUGUUUUCUGUUAGAUGGGAAGUUCUUUAUUGCUGCUUCGCUAGCAGCUACACUUUGUAAAUUGGUGCUAAAGUUCAUGUCUUUGGGAACUGUAAGCGAGGAAGAAAUCAACGCUUUUGGUGGUGAAGCUUUGUUUAUAAUUGCAUCCAUAAUUAAUCUUGGCAAGAGUGGCAUUACGAAAGUCAGCAUCACGGAGGAUGAAUUGGAUCGUCUUGGCUUAUCAGUUAAAAUUUUGUGCGAGCGGUGUCCUGCAGCAGAACAAGUUUUUCUGGGGAAAUGCAGAGAAAGUCUUGAGCUUAUGUUGGAAGCGAAAGAAGAGACGGAUAAACACGAAAACGAAUCUUCUAAAAGGUCGGUUGCAGUUGAAGUUGACCGGACUGUGGAAUUUACUCAGCUGGCUCCUCGAAUUAGCGAUGGGAUUAAUGCCUCAGAAAAUUUGUUUGAUUUAUCUUUGUCUCAGGCUUUGGGUACAGCACCGAAAACUGCAAAGUUCGACUUUGCCUCGUCAAAACUUGGAAAGGUGAAGCAACUAGCAGGUUUCUCAGAUCCAGUUUAUGCUGAGGCGUACGUUAACGUGAACCAGUAUGACAUAGUACUUGACGUUCUGAUAGUGAAUCAGACGAGCGAUACUUUACAGAACGUGUGUUUAGAAUUGUCGACUGUUGGUGACCUAAAGUUGGUUGAUAAACCAAUGCCACUUACUUUGGCGCCACAUGACUUCGCUAACAUAAAAGCGACGAUCAAAGUGGCUUCGACAGAGAAUGGCGUUAUAUUUUCAACUAUUGCAUACGACGUGCGGGGUUCAACAUCUGAUAGAAAUUGUGUGUACUUGCAGGACAUUCAUAUUGAUAUUAUGGAUUACAUCGUUCCUGGAGAAUGCACAGAUACUGAAUUCAGACAAAUGUGGGCUGAAUUCGAGUGGGAAAAUAAGGUCAAUGUAAAUACUUACAUAACUGAUUUGAGAGAGUUUCUUUCUCAUUUAUCUUCCGUCACCAACAUGAAACUACUAACAACGGAUGCUGCGCUUGAGGGAGACUGUGGUUUCUUGGCUGCGAAUCUCUGCGCUCACUCCAUAUUUGGAGAGGACGCUUUAGCGAAUGUUUCAAUUGAGAAAGCAAAUCCACAGGACCCAUCUGGACCAAUUAUGGGUCACAUAAGGAUACGGGCUAAAAGCCAAGGCAUGGCACUCUCUUUGGGGGAUAAGAUUAAUGUAGCACAAAAGGAGAGGAAGACUGGCAUUUUAAGGGAGGCUAUUGCCGGAUCAUAA